AUGAGGUUCGGAAUCUUUAAGGAUAAUUUGAGAUUCAUUGAUGAACAUAACUUUAAGAACACUACAUUUAAGCUUGGGUUGAAUAAGUUUGCUGAUUUAACUAACCAAGAGUACCGAGCCAAGUUCUUGGGCACCAGGACUGACCCAAUGCGUCGAGUCAUGACGUCCAAGAACCCCAGCCGACGUUAUGCUUACUGUGCCGGCGAGAACUUACCGGAUUCGGUUGACUGGAGAGAGCACGGAAUCGUCAGCCCGGUGAAAGAUAAAGGAAAUUGUGGAAGUUGUUGGGCAUUCUCAACAAUUGCAGCAGUGGAAGGCAUAAACACAAAAUUGUGA